UCGCGGCUCCAGUCAGUCAGUCAGUCGAGGCUGAGAGGGAGAAGCAGAAGGAGGUCUGGCGCUUGGUCGGCGGUGGCCAAAGCAGCACCUCUUCCUCGUCUUCCUCCUCCUCAGGACGGGGCUGCGGGCUGCCUUUGCCAGUGGCUGGGUGUUGGAUGGAGGCUCCCGUCCGUCUCGCCGGUUCUCUCUGGAAUGUCCCGGGGAGCGGCUGGCGCCGAGUGGAAGCAGCGGAGGCUCUAUGGGCGCUUCUGAGGGGCUCCUCGGUGACUCAUAUUAGUCUGAAGCUCUUUGCCACCAGCUUUUCUGACCUGGCACUAUGCAUUCUGAUCCUGGAUCUUUACAAGAAUUACUUUUUCUUACAGUUUUCUUCUCAACUACAGGUUCAGACUUGAUUCCUCACUUUAUUUCUGAGCCCCUUUCUGUUAUUCAACAACCUGGUGCAAAUGUAAAACUCCACUGUUCUGCUGAGCCCUCUACAGCUCACGUGUCUUGGCACUUCAAUGGGGAGAAACUGCACAAGAAUGCGGAUCAAGUAGACAUACAGCCAGGAUCUCUGACAAUCUUUUCUCUUAGUCCAUCAAAUUCUGGUAUCUACCAAUGCAUUGCAAAUAACAGCAUUGGUGCAAUUAUCAGCAGACCUGCAACAGUAUCAAUAGCAUAUCUUGAUGAUUUUGAGACUUCAUGGAGGAACACAAUUACAGUAGAGGAAGGGAAUACUGCUUUGAUCAGUUGCAAUGUGCCAAAAAGUGAUCCAGAGGCCCAGGUUCGUUUCCGUGCACGAGGGAAAUGGCUGGAACAAUCAACAGAAAACUACCUAAUUCUCCCAUCUGGACAUUUACAAAUUUUGAGUGUAUCUUUAGAGGACAAAGGAUUCUAUAAGUGUGCUGCAUAUAACCCAAUAACCGAUGACCUGAAAGUGGAACCCUCUGGACAUAAGCUCAUCAUCAGCAGCUCUUCCUCAAGAGAUUUUGAUAUAAUUCACACCACCAAUUCUCCGGUUUUGACAGUACUAGCACACAGCCCUCUGAUGUUGGAGUGUGUUGUUAGCGGGUUGUCUGUCUCUUCUGUCCAUUGGUAUAAAGAUGGUAAAGAUGCACUUGUUGGAGGCAAAUGGAGGGUUUUUCACACCCAUCUUGCAAUUGACUCAAUUGAUGCAUCAGAAUCUGGAAAUUACUCCUGUGUGGUGAAUAACAAGUUCGGAGUUGUAAAACAUAUAAACUACAGCGUUAAUGUAUUUGAAUCCCCUUCAAUUUCAAAAGGACUGCAGGAUCAGUUAGUAUCUUUCGGUAAAAAUGUGCAUCUUUCCUGUGAAAUACAUGGAACCCCAAUACCUAAUCUCACGUGGUACCAUAAUGCAGCUCCUGUCCAUCUUUCACCACGGCACUUGCUUUCAGGAAACAAGCUUAGAAUUAUUGGUGUCACCAGAGAAGAUACAGGGUUGUAUCAGUGUUUAGUGAACAAUGGCCAUGGAUUUGUGCACUCUACUGGGAGAAUUCAUUUCCAAGCAGAUAGAGGAUCCAAGCCUAUUGUAACCUCACUGCCAGCAAGCAUCAAAGUGACAGAUGGUGAAACAGUCAUGUUGUCUUGCAACGCCACUGGGCUACCUGUUCCUGUCAUUCGUUGGUAUAAUAGCCAAGGGCUGAUUACUAGCCACCCUUCACAGGUUCUUUAUUCAAAAUCAAGGAAGCUUUCUUCACAAGCAAGAACUGGUAGCUCCAUUUCUGACAGAGCCUAUUUCAUCAUGUCUCGGGGCAGUUCAAGCUCCCUCUAUGUCCAGCCAGUAACAUCAGAACAUGCUGGGAAAUACACGUGUGAAGCAACAAAUGAACAUGGGCUUGCGCAUUCAGAGACAUUUCUUACAGUUGUUUCCUAUGAAGCUAGUACAAAAGCAGAAGAAAUAGUUCCUGUGGAGGCUGCCCAGAGUGACGAAGGAGAUGGUAAUCAUGAUUUAGAAAUGGACCCUGAAAGCUCAUCUACAACAGAAAUUCUUACUGAUGAAAUUGCCACAGAAAAAACAUCUAAUGGAAUAUCCCCACCAGAAGCUCCAAUCAUUCUUAGCCCUCCACAAACACUCAAGCCAGACCAGUACAACCUUGUGUGGAGGCCUGGAAGGGAUGGUGGCCAACCAAUAAAUUUUUAUUUUGUGAAAUAUCGCAAGUUGGAUGAUAAUAUCAAUAUUACUAACUGGUAUACAGUUCGUGUCCCCGGAAGUGAAAAUGAACUUUGUCUCUCAGAACUGGAACCUUCUAGUCUCUAUGAAGUUUUGAUGGUAGCCAGAAAUGUAGCUGGAGAAGGCCAACCUUCCAUGCUUACAUUUCGCACUAGCAAAGAAAGGUCAUCAUCCUCAAAGAAAACCACACAAGCUCCCUCUCAACCGUUUGGUGUUCCUAAGCACCCAGUUAUUCAAGAAAGUGCAGUCAACAACUUUGGUGUGAUCCUCCCUGAUUCUUCUCGGCAUAGCGGAGUACCUGAAGCACCAGAUCGACCUACUAUCUCCACAGCCUCAGAAUCUUCUGUUUAUGUCACUUGGAUCCCUCGUGCAAAUGGUGGAUCACCCAUCACUGCCUUUAAAGUAGAAUAUAAACGCAUGAACAGAAACAAUGAGUGGUUAGUUGCAGCUGAUAACAUCUCUCCUUCCAAACUUUCAGUGGAGGUUCGCAAUUUGGAUCCAGGAGCCUUAUAUAAGUUUCGUGUGAUUGCUAUUAAUAAUUAUGGGGAGAGUCCACGAAGUGCUGCAUCUCGGCCUUAUCAGGUAGCUGGCUUCACCAACCGAUUUUCCAACCGUCCCAUCACAGGACCUCAUAUUGCUUAUACUGAGGCAGUUAGUGACACUCAGAUUAUGCUGAAGUGGACCUAUAUUACCUCCAGUAACAACAACACACCAAUCCAAGGAUUUUAUAUCUACUACCGUCCAACAGAUAGUGACAAUGAUAGUGAUUACAAGAGGGAUGUUGUGGAAGGCACAAAACAGUGGCACUUGAUAAGCCACCUGCAACCUGAAACAUCCUAUGACAUUAAAAUGCAAUGUUACAAUGAAGGAGGUGAAAGUGACUAUAGCAAUGUCAUGAUAUGUGAGACGAAAGUGAAGCGUACUCCUGGAGCAUCAGAAUAUCCAGUGAAGGACCUUAGUACACCACCUAAUUCUCCUGACCGUGGUGCUGGAAGCAACGCUGGUCAGCCCAGCGGUCCUGUCCGAAGCAGUGAUAUGCUGUACUUGAUUGUGGGCUGUGUCCUUGGCGUGAUGGUUCUCAUCCUGAUAGUCUUCAUUGCCAUGUGUUUGUGGAAAAACUGCCAGCAAAAUGUCAUGCAGAAAUACGACCCUCCUGGUUAUCUCUACCAAAGUGCUGACAUCAAUGGGCAAAUGGUUGAAUAUACUACGUUGCCAGGCACAAGUCGUAUCAAUGGCAGCAUACAUGGGAACUUUAUUAGUAAUGGAAACCACAGUAAUGGUUGCCUUCACCUCCAUCACAAGAGUCCUAAUGGAAUGAAUGGGAUCAUGAAUGGUGUUGUGAAUGGAGGAAAUGGUGUUUAUCCUGGACACACAAACUCCUUAUCCAGAUCGCACAUGGAAUAUGAACACACCCAUCACCUAGAAAAUGGCAGUGAAAUAUUCACAGCGGUACCUCAGACAGAUCCUUCAGAGUGUGCCAAUUGCCGGAACUGCCGAAACAAUAACAGGUGUUUCACAAAAAACAGCGGCACUUUUGGCAGCAACGCUGUACCUGUGAUGCCUAUUGUAGCACCUUAUCAGCAGGACAGUUUGGAAAUGAAACCAUUGAAUCCCACCAUGGCUGCCAUGAGCUUAGCGCCCACAGUCCCUGAAUGCAAUGCUGAGGCAGAAGAAGACAAAGAGAAAAGGGAGCCCCCAUCUCCUCAGGAUUCUUGUUGCCAAGAAAAUGUGAAUCUACUCAGUACAGACUGUAGAGAUGAUAACAGCGCACAAUUGGAAACCUCCACUCACAUGUUGAACUGGAGCCCUUUUAUUCUGCAAUCUCUUUCUAAAGACUGCAAUGAACAGACAGAAGGGAUUUCAAAGGGGGUUUCGUUGGACAAUUUGGGGAACCUCCAGGAGCUUCAAAUACAUGAGACUUAAGGACCCGACGGAUGUUGCCCACUGAAAGCCAGUAACUGUGCAGUGAAGUCACUGAACCAGACUGACAACAGGAUGUUAAUUAUAAGAAUUGCUAUUUAUUUUUUUGAUAAUAGUGUCCUAUGAAUGUAUGUUUUUAAAAGCCUUUGUAUUAUUUAUGCCUUGAAAAAUUCCUACUUACGUCCCCAUGGUAAAAUCAUUAUGGCUAUCUGAAGGUAUGUAAUAAGCACAGGAAACACACAUUUUUCCAUAGAAAAAUGAUGUUACCAUGUAGUUGGAAAAUUAAGCGAAUCUGCUUAUUUGAACCAUUUACACCCAAUUUGCUCUGAUUAUUAUAAAUUACCAUUUUGGGAAAAUACAGGGUGAGGCAGCAUAACUUGCUUUUUUAAAAUGUACGCCAUUCAGUCGGUUGAAGACGUAGCGGAGCGCUAGUGGUCUCGUUCGAGAGGCAGGAGUAUAAAGUUUUGUCCUGACACGGUUCAGUCGCCAUCAUGCGUUGGAACAGUUAGGAGUGUGCUUUUGCCGUUGAGGCCUACUUUGCGAGCGGAUUUGGAGUGGCCUGGCCCCGUGUGAUUUUUUUCUAUGGAUUUUUUUUUAAAUCCCAUGUUUCUGUGAACCGUCCAAGGACCCUACAAGAUUUGAAGACCAACAUCCAGGAAGAAAUUGCCAACAUAACGCCUGCUAUGCUGGCAAGAGUCAUGACAAACACCAGAAAUCGGUUUACUCAGUGUAUGGAGAAUGGGGGACGUCACCUACCUAAUUUGAUCUUCAAAACUACGUAAAACAAAACUUUAGGUAUGCUCCUACAUUAUAAAAAAGGUUCUGAUUCAUACAAUAGGUUUUAUUAAGUUUUGAAAAAGGGAAGUUAUGCUGCCUCACCCUGUAUAAACAGGAUUACUCCACUGCAAAUGGAAGCACAAAAUGGGCAACAUAAUAUUACUGGAGCAAGAAUCAGUGGGAGAACCAUAGAUACCUUGGCCAUGGCUAUUCGGUACCGAUGCCCCUUGCUGCCAUUUGUUUUUAUCUCCUGCUGUUCUAUUAACAUAAUAGUAGUCAUUUGACAUACGGUUUUUUUAAUGACAUGGCAAGGUGCUAUGCAAAAAACGUUAUGGAAAGGAUAGUUUGCUUCUGAGAGAAGAAAGCUGCCAAAAUGGUGCUGGAUUGGAAAGGGCUCCUCCUCCCUAGUGUCUAUUACUAGGAUUAGAUAAGUGUGUGCAUAGAUGCAGUAUACUAUUUUAAAGGUGGUACUGCGUUAUCUGUUUGACACAAGUUGGUUGAGAAACUCUGUUGUAUCUUGCCUGUUUUGUCACUAAACUAGAGCGUGGCACAAUCAACUUUAGAAACUGAGGCCUCUGAUGAAAUAUGCUGGCAUUCCUUUAUGUUAGGUAUAACCUUAAAAGGCAAAUCCUUUUUCUUGGACCUUUCAAAGUUUGUGAGUUUGUAUUUUAGUACAACAUGGAACUUGGAAUAUAGGGACCAAAGCAGGUGUGCUUGGAUAAGAGGUGUUGCAGAACAUCCGUGCUCCGUUGCUUUUUCCAACACUGUCCUCUGCUAUUACAGUGUGAUAUCAAACUUGGUACUAAGGUAUGUACUAGGUGCAUCUUGAAGAAAUCUGCCUGUACCUCAGAAACAGUGGUGUCACAGUGCUAGCUGCAUAUUUCCAUCAUUUCUCAAUUAUAGAAUAAUAGAAUCCUAGAGUUGGGAGACACCCCAAGGGCCAUCCAGUCCAACUGCAUGCCAUGUAGGGAAAUACAAUCAAGCAUUCCUGACAGAUGGUCAUACAACCUCCAGAGACUUCACCACCCUCUGAGGCAGAAUAUUCCACUGCCAAACAGCUAGUACAAUCAGGAGGGUCUUUGUCAUGUUUAGGUGGAAUCUCAUUUCCUGCCAUUUGAAGCCAUUACUCCAUUGUGUCAGAGUUUCCCGAGCAGCAGAGAACAAGCUUGCCGUCUCCUCAAUGUGACAGCAUUUCAAAUAUUUAAACAUGGCUUUCAAGUCCCCCCUCAGCCUUCCUUACUCCAAACUGAAUAUAUUAUAAGGAGAACAACAUUUGUAAAACUUUUCCAAUAAUCAGAGGCACAUUAUUUCAAUUGUACAGUUGCCUCACUGCAGUUUGAAUUCAGGAAUCAACCACCUGCCUUGGGAAAGAGGUGGAAGAGUAAAGAAAAGGGCAAAGGUGUCCCAGUGAAAAUUGAAAGCUUCUUCCAGCAAAAAGGAAGAGAUGCCCCACAAGUGCGGUUCACUUGAGUAAAUAUGUGUUUGCGUGUGAGAAUGUGUGCGAGAGAGAUUUAAAUAGGUUUGUAUUUUUAUAACUGUUGCAGCAAAUGUCAAAAGCUGUGUAUGUAUAUAGUGUGUGAUUAUUUUAUAUAAUAUAUGAUGUGAUGUAUAUGAUAUAGUUUUAUAAACAAGGCUUCCUAUUGAGAAUGUGCUGUGUUAAUCUGGAUUACUAUGCAAGGACACUUUUUCUGAUAGCAAGUUGGUCUUUCCUCCAAUUAAGUUGGGAAUGGCUUUAGACUUCAAAGAAGCUCCUUUUCAUUUACCCAAAAGAGACAUAUCCCUGCAAAUUAACUUGACUAAUUUGGAAUUAAAAUAGAUUCCUCUACAGAAAGCAAGAAUAUCAAAAUGUUUUGAUUUGGAAUUCAAGUGAUAUUAGCAUCACACAUUAGUCAUUCGCUGGAGUUAGGGAAAAUCGGGGAAAGGUGAAUGUUUUUAAAUAAAACGACACUGUAUUUAAAUAAAACAACAACAACCCAAACCGACACUGUUUUUAACCUGGUGGAAGUCGACUAUAGUGUUGUGUCGAAGGAUUUAGUGACUCCUAUAAUUAACAUACUAAAAAAAAUCUGUGACUAAUCAAAUCUGCAAAAUUCAAAUCCACAAAUGUGGAGGGCCAACUGUACCUUGUUUCAGAAGAGCCUUGGCAGGUAUCUGGAUUCUUUUGGACUUUGAAUUGAAGUUCUUGUUUGGAGGCUGAAAGAAUCUCUGCUCUGUCACAGUAGCAGAAUCUCAUCAAGGCCUGUUUUAUUUAUAUUGUGUGACACUGUUUUAAGUGUUUUCACUUUUAUUGUAUUUUAUUUAUAAAUGUUAUAUAUUGGCUUCAUGUUAUAGAAAUAUUUUGUGUUUUCUAUCCAAACAUUGGUGUAUAUGAAUCUUGGAAAGCUUACUGAUAAAAUAGUUUGGUCAAGCA